AAAGAUCUGAUAAGAUGAUCAUCAUCCUGAACCACCAUCCAACACACCCAACCACCCUCACACAGGUACAACACAACAUGAAAAUACCUUCCGGACCAGACAUCCGAUCCAAUUCCCCAAGCAAAUACCCUCAAUCUAUAUCCCUGUCGGCCAAGAACCCGGAUAAUGCAGGAUAAUCCCAUUAAGCCGACGGGACAACGGCAAAACACUGCUUAGUCAUAUUCCCAACAUCGCUGAUCCUCGAUGCUUAAAUAAAGCAAACUCAAGAUAAGGCCCGCAAUCCACCCAUCGAGUUGUACCAAAUAGCCUCAUCACAGACACCACCAUGUUUCCAAUCCGUGCAACCUUCCGGAACGCCUCAGGGGCACGCCUAUUCUCCACAACACGAGGCCUCCGAGCAGACCUGUCCUACCAGGUCUUUGGUCCGGAGAAAGCGGAAGCCACCCAGAGUCCCAUCGUCUUUCUGCACGGUCUUUUCGGCUCUAAGCAAAACAAUCGGGGUAUUAGCAAAGCUCUGGCACGUGAUCUGAACCGUGAGAUCUUCACGCUGGAUCUCCGAAACCAUGGCCAGUCCUUCCACUCCGAGGAACACAACUACACCGCCAUGGCCGAAGACGUGGUCAAGUUCCUCCAGCAGCUGAAGCUGGAAAAGUGUGUCUUGAUCGGUCAUUCGAUGGGCGCCAAAGCCGCCAUGACCGUCGCCCUUGACUCACCUAAGCUGGUCUCGGCUCUUGUGCCCGUCGAUAACGCCCCCGUCAAUGCUCCCCUGAAGAGCGAUUUCGGCCUCUACGUCCGUGGCAUGCAGCAUGUUGAAGCCGCGAAUGUGACGAAACAGUCCGAGGCUGAUGAGAUCCUAAAGGGCUAUGAGGGCUCUCUGCCUAUCCGCCAAUUCCUUCUUACCAACUUAGUCCGUUCGCAAGAGGACCAAACGAUGAAAUUCCGAGUUCCGCUCGCCGUCCUCGGUAAUGCAAUGCCUGCUAUGGCUGAUUUCCCUUACCGGGAACCCGGCGCUGUCUCGUACGAUGGACCUACGUUGUUUGUUAGGGGAACGAAGAGUGAAUACGUGAGCGAUGACACGGUGCCUGCUAUCAAGAAGUUCUUCCCGAAUGCUCAAAUAGCGGAUGUGGAGGCAGGGCAUUGGCUAAUCUCGGAGAACCCUGAGGCUUUCAGACAAGCUGUGGUCAAGUUUCUUCAACAAGCUCCAUAGUGCUGCUACUAGGUUCUGGCCUGUGGGAAGAUCCCCAAUUUAAGGCGUUGUGAUGAGUCUUAAUCAGCAUUACCAGCGCGCUGUUCAAAUAUCUAUAUAAAGAACUCCGUCGAGUAUCUCUAAAAGGACUCCGUUUAGUAUCUUCUAAAAGACUUUGUUAAGUACCUCUUAAGAGAUCUGUCAAGCAUCUUUUAACGCCAUUGAGCUUUAUUGAAUACCUCUAAAAGACCUCAUCAGGUGCUAUCUGGCCAGUAAUACUACGCGGAUUGAGUUACAUGAGUAAUUGAAGAAAUCAAUAGAAAGCCUUGGAGCUAUGUUCUUCCCUUGCCAGGACUGAUCUAGUGUUGUAUACAUACAGACCUCGAGACAGAACACAGAGCAUGUACAUUAUUACUUAUGUGCGAACAUUUUUGACAGUAUCAAAC